CAGGCUUGGGUCAAGUUCACGCGUACAUGUACGUACAUAACCUUUAUUUUUGUGAUUUGUUUUGGACAGUUCUAACGCACAUUAACAGGGCGCAUCUACGUUUUUUUUUAUAUAAUUUAUCAAUUCGGUUUUCUAGCGAUACGUUGUCUAAGAUAUAUCAUUCGUUAUUUUUAUGAUCAGUUAAGUUUUUUUUAUGGAUGAAUCAUUUCACAAUAUCUAUGCUAAAAGGCUUUCUCUCCAGAACUGAGAUCAGAGGAAUCGGGCUUACAUAAAACAAGUAAUACGCAACGGUACAGUUUAAUUUAUCCAACUACAACUAUGUUGGUCACUUUCCAUUACGUUCCACGUGUAUCCUCUAAGAUACAAAGCAUGUGCCAACCGUUUGUCAAAAAGUACUCCACGAAGGACGACAGAAUUAAAAGGCUGAUGAAACAAUAUAAAUUACUAUUCGGCCCGUUAGUUGAAACCAAUGGCCAAAAGAAAAAGAGAUUGAAAUUGGAAAGGAAAGGGAGGGUACCUGAAAACACGAAUCAGAUGGAUACAGAAUUGUCAUGGUUUCUGGAAAAUCCUCGCAGCAGGUUCAAAAAGAUUGUCCUCCCUGCAGAGUUACGAAACGAGCAGUCGAAUGAUAAAGAUGGGUGUUCAGCGCAAAAAUUUAGCGAGCUGAAGUUUGAAAGCUCAACCGACCAAAAUACAAAGAAUGCCCUUCACUCUGAGUCUAAUCGGACUGUUCAGGAAAUAGAACUUAGAUCUGAUACAGCAUCCAAUUUGUCAGCAAAAGAAGACCGUAACAACGAAGUUGCAUCGUCCGAUUCAAAUGUAUCUGGUAAUGAAAGUACAGCCACGAGAUGCGUGUCUUCUAAUGUUGAAAGAUUGCCUGACAUUGUCAUAAAGAAUUUGCCAACUUUCCCAAUUAUGGGCAGCAAACAAGUGCCUCCCACACAAUCGACAGAAAUAUUAUCUAUAUCCGGAAAAGAUGAUCAAGAGACAAAAAAAUUUCCCAGCGUAACCAAGAUUCUCACUCAAACUAUGUCACCAGAGUCGAAGCUGGCUCUGGAGGCGUGGAAGGAAAGAAUGAUAAAAAAGCUUGGGCAAGAAGGAUUUGAAAUGCAUAAGAAAGCAUUGUUAGAGGACGGAGCGUCUUUGCAUUUGUGCAUAGCGGAGAGCCUGCGAGGGAAAGAGUAUGAGGUUCCUUCGAGGAUUGAACCGGUCUUUAAGAGUGUCCAAUGCAUUUUGGGGGAUGUGCACCACGUGAGAGCGAUCGAGAGCCAUGUGGUUCAUGGCAAGCUGCGUUACAAAGGCGUAGUCGACUGUGUAGCCUCUUAUAGGGGCGAAAACUACGUGAUCGAUUGGAAGAAAUCAGACAGAAAGAAAUUGAACUUGAAGGAAACGUACGACGCACCCAUACAACUCGCCGCGUACAUCGGAGCUAUCAAUGCUUCUAAUCUCUAUCCCUUUGUGAUAAAACGGGGAUUACUCGUGAUCGCUUACACGUGCGGCGCACCAGCAAUGGCGUACGAAGUGUCCGACAACACGCUGCGGCAAUACUGGACCGCGUGGCUGCACCGCCUGCAGAAGUACUAUGUCGAAACGACGAGCGGCGACGGCAACGAAAACAUUUAGACGGCAAUAAAGCGUUAAUGUACC